UAGAAACGAAGAAGUGACGUCACAGACUCAAGGCCACCAGAUUCGAACCAAAGUAUUUUUAUGAGCCUAUUGUUGACACAACUUUGUGUCGCCACGGUAAUGCGCCCGUGGUGUAUCGUCAUGGUAACGCAAAGCAGCUCACCAGCGCCGUGACUGAGCCCUGACUCAGGUGUGGCCGUGUGUGUGUGUGUGUGUGUGCUCUUUAAAUACCAAUAUUUAAAGAGCACACACACACAAACGCGCACACACCUCAGCUCUCCUUGGAGCGUAUGCGUGCUUAUGCGUGUGUGCAAAGGUCAGAGGUCAGGGUAAUCAAAAUGGCGCUGGUGUCCGAGUUCCUGGGACAGCUGACGCUGUCGUACGGCACGGACAAAGCUGUAGCGUAUCCUCUGCAGGAGGCGGAGCCUACCUUUCCCACCGUGGUCGCCUUCCGAGACUUUGACCCAAUCAGCGACGCCGCACGACUAGAUGCCGCCCUGAGGACCAAAGGAGUGGACGAGCAAAGCAUCAUCGAUAUUCUGACGCGAAGGUCGUACGAGCAGCGGCAAGAGAUCGCCUUCGGGUACGAGCGCAUGGCCAAGAAGGACCUGCAGACGGCCUUGAAGGGGGCACUGUCGGGAUCUUUGGAGGCGCUGAUGCUGGGCCUGAUGAAAAGUCCCGCCCAGUACGACGCCUUGGAGCUCAGAGCUGCCAUGAAGGGUCUGGGAACCGACGAGGAGACGCUCAUCGAGAUGGUCUGCUCCCGAAACGACCGAGAACUGGCCGACAUCCAAAAAGUGUACCGCGAACUGUUUAAGAAAGAUCUGGAGAAAGACGUCGCAGGAGACACGUCGGGAGAUUUUGCUAAACUGCUGCUCGCUCUCAUUCAGACCAAGCGAGACGAACCUUCCAACGUAGUCGACUAUGAGAAGAUUGACGACGACGCCAAGAGCCUCUACGAAGCCGGCGUGAAGCGCAAAGGAACCGAUGCGGCCGUAUGGAUUUCCAUCUUGACGCAGAGGAGCGCCACUCACCUGCAGAGAGUGUUUGAGCGCUACAAGAGCUACAGCCCGUAUGACUUGAAGGAAAGCAUCUGCAAGGAAGUCAAAGGCGACCUCGAAAAAUCUUUCCUGACUCUCGUGGAGUGUUUGGAGAACAAACAGAUGUACUUCGCCGACAGACUCGAUGAGGCUAUGAAGGGCAAAGGUGCCAAGGAGAAAGUUCUCACCCGCAUCCUGGUGUCUCGAUGUCAAGUGGACUUGAUGAAGAUCAGAAGAGAGUUCAAGAAGCGACACGGACGCUCGCUCUACCGCGCUAUCAGUGAACACACCAAAGGCGACUACCAGAAGGCUUUGCUCAGCUUAUGUGGAGGAGAUGACUGAACUCGCUCAACGUACGUGCGUGCGUGCCUCCGAUGACAAAAGGACACACACACACACACUUACACAGACACACACACACACACACUAACCCUAACCACACACACUCGAGCCCCACGUGCUGCCUGAGCUGCUCUUGUCAAUCUAACAUUAAACAAAAUGAAAGAAAUCA